AUGCUCACUGCAGGGGUCGGAGGUCGGGGCGAGCGUCUUGGGGGCCGAAGAAGGAAGAUGGCGGUGGAAUCGCGCGUAACCCAGGAGGAAAUUAAGAAAGAGCAAGAGAAGCCAAUUGACCUCAAGAAGACAUGCCCGCUGCUGUUGCGAGUCUUCACCACCAAUAACGGCUGCCACCACCAAAUGGAUGAAUUCUCCCGCGGAAACGUACCCUCCAGCAAGCUGCAGAUCUAUACUUGGAUGGAUGCAACUUUGAAAGAACUAACUAGUUUAGUAAAAGAAGUCUACCCAGAAGCUAGAAAGAAGGGAACACACUUCAAUUUUGCGAUUGUUUUUAUGGAUCUUAAAAGACCUGGCUAUCGAGUUAAGGAGAUUGGCAGCACCAUGUCUGGCAGAAAAGGGACUGACGAUUCCAUGACCUUGCAGUCGCAGAAGUUCCAGAUAGGCGAUUAUUUGGACAUAGCCAUUACCCCUCCAAAUCGAGCACCGCCUCCUUCAGGGCGUAUGAGACCAUAUUAAAUUUUAUUUACUAUCUCUCAAAUUUAUUUUUCAGCCAGUUAUGUAAAAUAAACUUACAUACUCUUUCCUCCCCUGAUUUUUGCCAUUAAGCCUUUAAAUUCUAA